CAAAAUUCGUCUGCUAUGUUUACAAAGCUUGUUGAAAGAUUCUUCGAUUUCUGGAAAUGGAUACGUGGCCAGUUAUACUGAACCAGUCUUUGCAAGGAUCAGGUUGGGAUAAAGUACUUCGACAACAUCGGAUGAAAAUACGUGGAUCAAACUCUACAAUAGAAAACUCCGUUAUAUUUCCCAAGUCGGGUGUCGCUUUCCUGGUUAUACCUUUAAGUAGUUGCACUAUUGGACAGUUUGACAUAAAGCAUGAAGUUCUCCAGCUGACUGAAAAAUUUACCCAGCUUCACGCCAGAGGUUAUGCUCUAAUGUUGGCGUCUUUGCACAGCGAACGUGAAAUGAGAAUUUGUUCAGAGAUACAAACAAAAUUUUUGGAGACCAAACUACAGAUGAUAGCUAUACAUAAUGUUGAUGAAGGGAUUCAGGCUAUGAUAAACAUUGCAAAGGUAUUGUGUAAGCCAACCUCAGAUGUCAUGUUCAGGAGAUUAGAUGAACUGGCUCAUCAUUUCAGCAUAGACGAUACCACGAAAUCUGCCCUUGAACAGCUCGGUCUAAGUGAACAUCAGAUACAUAUAUUGCAGGACUGUUUAGGAAGCUUGGCUAAUAUAGUAAAAGCUAACAAAGAAGAUCUAUUAGACUGUAGUCUGGAUUCGGAAACAGCUGAUAAAAUGAUCAAAUUCUUCGACAAUCCUAUGGCAAUAAAUUAAUCACAAAUUUG